AUGGCAUUGCAGAAUAACACAAAAUUGACAGACUUUAUUUUGCUUGGCUUUGCCUUGUCUCCGGAUUUAAAAAAAGUUCUCUUCACCUUAACACUGGCUUCUUAUUCUAUUACCUUGUUGGCCAACAUGCUAAUUAUUACAAUUGUUCGUCUGAACUCGCAGCUUCAUAUACCCAUGUAUAUUUUUCUCAGUCACUUCUCUCUAAUGGAAGUGGGCUACACAACUGUUAUCAUCCCAAAAAUGUUGCAUGGUCUCUUGUAUGAGACUGUAACUAUAUCCAUACAAGGGUGUCUGACCCAGUUUUACUUUAUAUUUUUUUCCGGUUCUCUAGAAAAUAUUCUUCUGGCUAUUAUGGGAUAUGACCGGUACCUGGCUAUUUGUAAUCCUUUACGUUACUCAUCAAUAAUGACCCACACAGUUUGCUAUCAAUUGGCCUUUGCAUCCUGGAUAGGUGGAUGUCUUAUUCCCUUAAUGCCAACAGUUUGGGUGUCAAAGUUAUUUUUUUGUAAUUACAGAAAAAUUGACCAUUACUUUUGUGAUUUUGGACCAUUGGUGAAGUUAUCCUGUUCUGAUACCUCAAUAGCAGUCAAGACGUUCUUUGGACAGGCUUUUAUACUAAUAUUAAGCUGUUGCCUUGUAAUCUUAGUGUCAUAUAUAUUCAUUGUGAUCACCAUUCUUACAAUGUCUUCAACUAGAAGUCGUCGGAAAGCUUUCUCUACUUGUGCAUCACACCUUACAGUUGUAACUAUAUUCUAUGGAACCAUUAUUUUUACAUAUGUAAGACCUUCAAAUGAAAAUUCAUCUUACAUAGACAAAAUCAUAUCUGUAUUUUAUUCUGUUGUGACUCCAUUGCUCAAUCCUAUCAUCUACAGCCUAAGAAAUUCAAAUAUUAAGUUAGCAAUACAAAACACAAUAAAAAAACAACUGUAACUGUAUGUAAUUACAUCCAUACAGAAUCAUCUUUUUCAAAAAAGUAAAUUCUAAUAGCAGUUAAAGCUUUUCCAGGCAGCCGCUCCCCCUCAUAGCCCCUCCCA